AGCUAGGGUUAGGUUAGGUUUGAUUCCGAUUACGCUCGCUGUGUUACCGCGCAGUGCGCAUUCUGUUAAUAUCGCGGCCAUUUUGUGCUCAGCUUGCUUAGCUGGCUAGUCUUGAUGUAGAUAGUGCGGAGUGGAGUAGUACGCAGAAUUGGAUGAUAUUGGGUGUGUGAAUGCCUUGCCAAGUUGCGUAUCGUUCAGUGAUUAAUCAUCUUAUCUAACGAAGUACUGUUGUGCUAUUAGAAGGACGUGAUCGAAGUGUAAUUGUUGGUUUUAAAUCAAUAUAUAGUGUAAUUUCUGGUAUCCUCUUCAAUGAUCCAGCACAUUCAGAAGUAAUCGUGCAGCACACUUCGUGACAUGGCUAGAGUUCUAUUAUACGAGAGACAUGUAGAUGCUAUAUGCAUUAAUACACAUGCAGAUCUAACAUGUGAUGGGAAGAUUCAAAAUGGAGUGAAGAUCAAAGAGGAGAUUGAGGAAGAUCCUAUUGAUGCGACAUUGAACAUUAAUACGACUGAAAAUUGUAUGUUAGUUAGAAAUUGUUUUAAUUUGAUUGGUUCCAAAUCAUCACCAUCCGAAAAUAAUAUUUCACAAAAAAAUAAUAUAAACAAUAAAGAAAAUGAACUUACAGCUAAUAGUCAUUCUGCGUAUUCAAGCGACGUAAAUAAAAUUAUUAACUUAAAACGUAAAAUUGUGAACACCACAGAAGAAUUGGUACAUGAUGCAUCAUCACAGUCCAAGAAGAAACGACAAUCUUCCAAUGAAAUUUUUAAUAGGAAUACAUCCAAUGCUAAAAGUACGUCCUAUGGAACAACAAUCGACAGAUUUAGUGAAAAAAGAAAGCUACAAAAAGUCGCGGAAAAAAAGAAAAAACUCAAUCACCUAGAAUGUGACAUAUGCUUCAGAAAGUUUAAUUCUAGUUUUGCUUGUGAACAACAUAAGUACUAUUACAAUUUUGCAGUUUUUAAAUGCAGUGUUUGCAACAAACAGUAUAAAACACACGACAAGUUACAUGAGCAUAUUAUGACAUCUCAUGGAAAAAUUGCACGUGGCAGCAAUUGCAAGCCUUCAUCUUCAUAUUGUAACUUUUGUGGUCGUAGUUUUAACGAAAAGCUGUUGUUGCAAUCUCAUUUGUUUCACAUGCAUAAUGAGUUAAUAUAUUCCAGUAAUAGAGUUAAACAGCUGAAUUUGGGAUCCAAGAAUUAUGUAAAUACACCUCAAGAAAGUACCACAUUGAAGAUUGAUGCACAUGAAGAACAACGUUCAAAUAAUCCCGUUAAAGAACUAAACACUAGACUUAGAAACAAUGACCUGAUAAAAACUAAGGGAUCAACAACAGAAGAAUCAUCUAGUCACAAAAUGUUAUCUACGAAAAGAUUACGGCAACCUACAAUACAAGAAUAUCUUGAACUUUACAAGAACAAAUGCGAUAAGCACAGUCCAAAUAAAUUAAACAUAAAAAAUGGUUCGUCUACGUUUGCUUUACAUCGUGAUAGACAAGUAAAAAAAAGUUCAAACUCUAGAUCGACAAAAGAUAUUAAAGUUGAGCUUUUAUCUACAAAAUCAAGUAACAGCUCGAAACGAAUGACACACUUUACUUCGGAACAAAAUGAAAAGGACGACGUAUCUCUCGCCAAGAAGCCAUUUGUAAAAAUACAUGCGGAUGUUGAAAUGAUGAAAACUUUUUUGGACAAUCUUCCAGACACAGCUGCUAAAGAUAAUAUGAAUAAUGACGAUACAAAUAAAUCAAUUUUAUCUUAUCGUGAACUGCCCUAUAGUUUACGAUCUUCGAGAGUUAUUCCUUUUAUACAAAUAAAUUUACAUUCAAGAAGUAAAAGUAAAGAUGUAUCCAAGACCCAAUCUAAUGCAGGACGCAACAUUGAAACGAAACAGAUUGUGACUGAUCUAGAUUUUUGGAAAACUAAUAUGAUUCGUUUUAAAUGCAAGGAUUGUAUAAUUCCUUUGAUCAGAUGCGACGAAAAUCCCCAAAAUAAUCAGAUUUCUACAAAUAGUGCCACAUUUAAAACAAAUGCUUCUCUCACUGUUCAACGCAACUCAACGUCAUUUCGAGAAAAUAAUAUACAAAAUAAAACGGUGCUUAAAGAAUUAGAAGUUUCUCUGGAACGUUUGGCAAUUUUUCCAGCUGUAGAUAUCACAAAAGAAGAGGCAAUACUGGAUGCCAAGAAAUCUAAUGGUGACUGUUUUUUGUGUAAAAUAUGUAAUAAGAGUUUCUCUUCAAAAUUGGAUAAACAGAUGCAUAUUAAGUCGUGUCAUGUAGCAUAUAUGUCAAGCAUAUGUAAUGCACGAUAUAAACGGAAACGUAAACUGUGUGACCAUUAUUUGCAAGAACAUUUGUUUAAACUAAAUCAAUGUUGCAUAUGUUAUAUAAUAUUACCCAAUUUUAUAGCGUUAGAACAACAUUUAAAUGUUCAUUGUAUAAAAUAUAUUCAAAGAAAGAAUGAUCAGCACCCAAUAGAUAAAGAGAUAAACUGCAAGAGGAAUAAAGAAGUUAAUAAGUUGCAUCAUAAAUACUCUCAUUGUAAGGAAUCCUCGCUGUCAACUUUGAUUUCACAUGAAAAUCAUUGCGUAGUACAAAAGGAAGAUGAAGAAGAUCGAAAUAAUUCGUUGAAAGAGACAAGUACAUCCGAAAAUCUUAAGUUCUCGGAUAUUGUUCUUAAAGAGCAUCAUAACAAGAACGCUGAUAAAAUUUCAGAAGAACAGAAAGUUGCAUAUGAGAAGCCUCAUUCUGCUUUAUGUGAAAAUACGAAUAAUGAUUCUACAGAAAAGUCAAAUGAGAAUCAGAUGUCGGUAAUUGAUGAAAAUUCUGUUGUUGCAAAUGAUUUGAUAGUUACAGAAGGGAUUGAAACUGCUAACGAAUCACAAACCUCCGAAAAGCUUCCAGAGAAUAAUUUUCCAGAGAAUUCUACAAUUAAUGAUCAGGAUAUUGUAAACGCACAACAAGAUGUUGUUGAAUCAGACACUAAAAUUGCGCUAUGUAUUAUAUGUGGAAAGCAAUUUCAUAGUCACGCGAAAUUGCAACACCACAUGCGCAGUUUUUGCAAUAUCACCGAUAUUUGUCCGAUAUGUAACACUGGAUUCAGUUCUAAACGUUUUCUACGAACGCAUAUUACGGCGGCGCAUGUGCCACAAUUUUCAAAGAGCUACACUUUCCAUUGCAUGUUUUGCAACCAAGGCUUUUUUAAGAAAGUUGAACUUCGAUCUCAUGUAUUACAUCUACAUGGUCAAAAAAUGCUUAACAGUCUUAUGAACAAUUCUCAACCAAAUCAAGAGGAAUCUGAUAAAUUAAAUACCACGACAUGCACCGUGUGUUAUUUGGUAUAUGAAACACAUGAUCGUUAUACGGAACACAUGAUGUAUUAUUACAAGAAUCAUAUAUUCACAUGCUCGCUCUGUAAGCAAACCUUUCAAGGUAUGUACUUGUUUCAUAAUCAUUACAAACUUACACAUUACUCAGAGGAUAUACGUAAAUCCUACACUUAUAUCUGCGAAAUAUGCAAUGAAGGAUUCAAGCAUGAGUCACAUUUUUAUUCGCACAAGAUGCAUGUUCAUUUGAAUGAAGAAUCUUCGACUGAGGUUGCAAAAAGAUUUGAAAAAAGAAAUCCAUUUGAUCGCAAAUCCGAGAUCCGACUGCAAAAACCAGAUUUUUUUACACACUUACAAAAACAAAUUGAACAGUCGUCUGAGUACACUUGUCAGAUUUGUCAGACGAAGUGUGCAACUGUUAAUUAUUUAAAGACACACAAAGCAAUUUAUUCUAAUGAUGGCCAUUUUCAAUGUAACAACUGCAGCAGGCGUUGCAGAACAUCUACUCUACUUGAGGAACAUAUAAAAUUAACUCAUACCUGUCGUGAUAUUUACAAUGGACAUGUGUGUGGUACUUGUGGUGAAGUUUUGGAAACAGCUAUAUCGUUGAAAUGUCACGAAAAACAUUUUCAUUCAAACAAUGUCACCAACGCAGAUAUAUCUAAUUUACAAUUAGUCGGAGAUAGCUAUGAUUGCUUAUUCUGCGAUAUGGAUUUCUCUUCUGCCAGUGCUGUUACAAUGCACAUUAUUAGGGUGCAUAUUAAUAAGUUACUAGCUAAACAUCCUGCUUCAAAGCCUUCUGCUGUUAGCAACGUUCAAGAACAAUCUAUUCAGCAACCAGAAGCUUCAUCCUCUGAAAAUAGCCAGUCUCAAUUACUUCAACAAUCUGUCAAAAUACAAAACCGCUGGCUAAAAUAUUUGGCAAAACAGAAGAAAAAGAAGAUAGCUACUAAAUCAUCAAACCAAGACAAAGCAAUACUACCAGAGCCAUCAAAUAUAUUCCAAGCUAUACUAUCUGAGCCAUCAAACCAAGUCAACACUGUACCAUCUGAAUUACCAAAUCAAGUCAAAACUGUAUCAUCUGAACCAUCAAACCAAGGAAACUCUGUACUACCUGAAUCAUCGAACCAAGUUAAUACUAUACCAUCUGAAUUUCCAAACCAAGUCAAAACUGUACCAUCUAAACCGCCAAACCAAGGAAAACCUGUACUACCUGAAUCAUCAAACCAAGUCAACACUGUACCUUCUGAAUUACCAAACCAAGUCAAAACUAUACCAUUUAAACCAUUAAUCCAAUGUAAAACUAUACUACCUAAACCAUCAAACCAAGAAAAACUAUACCAUCUAAAUCAUCACACCAGUCCACAUAUUAACGUAUUUUUACCGAUUAGAUCAACCAAUAACCUUUCAGAAAACGAUACUUCUUCAAAUUCUGGAUCCGCUAAUGUAUUUCAAGUCAAUCAAACUUCAUCGUUAAAUGAAUCUAAUAAUAAAUCCAUAACACUACCUUCAACAUCAAAUGGACUUAAAGUUGUAAUUUUACCAAAUUUGAAGACCAAUAAAACUGUAGAUAAAAAGCUUGAAACAGUGCACAGUUAUACAUGUCCUUUAUGUGCGGUGAUAUAUCCAUCUUUAAUGUUCUUCCAUGCUCAUCUGAAAUAUGCUCAUGCGAACUCCAUUUGUAAGAAUCCAGUUGAUGCGCAAGUGUAUCUAUCAAAUCAGAACAUUUCUAUAGUAAAAUGUUUAUUGUGUCCAAGCAUCUUUACAGAUGAGGUCACGUAUAAAACGCAUUUGAAGAACUUCCACACGCAUUAUGUGUAUAUGCCAUGCUUUGAAAAGGAAAAGAUCGAUAAUGCGAAUAAUCCAAUAGCACAAACAAACAACAAUAGAAAAACUAUAAUACCUGAAGUUAUUACUUUGGAUGACAACGAUAAUAUCGAAAACGAUUCAGAUAAACAUACAGCCGAAGCAGAUGCCAUACCAACCACACGUCCAUGCGAAGAGAACGAUAACAAAAUUGGUAAAUUGAGGGUAAAGUCUUUUGCAAAGAUUAUUGAAAACUUAUCUAUGGAUUUUGCAUUGAAAUCUAAGGAAACCACUUUUCGCGAAAAUUCAGUGCCAAGUUUCGAGGAUAUAGUUAAUGAUAAACACAGAUAUGAAAAUCUUAAAUAAUAAUGACUUGUACAAAUGCAAAGAAUAUUAUUUCGGAUUUGAUGAUUUAGUGCAAUAA